AUGACUCUGAAACCUGUUGUGAUUGAAACGCAUAAACCAUCAAAUGCUGAACUUUUGACGGUGAUCAAGGACGCAUUAGAAGCAAACUUCAAAGACGUUGAAACAGAGCUUCGCCAAUGUCCAGACCUCGCUGCUGAACCGUACAAUAUGACGUCAUCUGGAUUUGGUCGCAAAAUGGUUAUAGCUGAGAUUGGAGGACCUGGAAAUCUUUUCCCAACUAUUCAUAAAGAGAAAGAAUUUGAUUUGAAGAAUCAUCCAUCGUCUAGGAAAUUUGUGAGAGUUGCGAAGCCACCAUCGUCGUUUGUAUUCGGACCUGGAGCAGGGCCUUGGAAAGUGGUUGGGAGAAACUGUGAGAUGGUGGCUGACGCGAAUUUCACGUCAUCAAAGGUAGCUACAAAAAUCGCUUCGAUCCCCCCUAACCAUGCUCCUACUCCCUAUAAAAUGGAGGUCAUCAGUUCGCCAAAAUUCAGUUUGAUGGCAAAUCUUGCAGUAUCAGCUGAACCUGGUCCUGCUGAAGUAGGUAUGCUUAGAGUUUCUUUACCAUCGUGGAAUCCGAACGACACAGUUAUCGUGUAG